GACAAGUGAGCGUAAGCCAAUCAAAUCCCGUUUCAGAAAAUCUGACAGCUCAAGCCGUAGCCAAUCAAAAACCGCGCAUACGCUGGGAGAGAUAUCCUGAGAUAUCCCGCCGUUCAUGUCUAUAUUUGAAAUAAAAUGGACGAGGUUAUAAUCGUAGCGGUAGCGAAUCACCCUGUAUUAUUUGAUGUGACCCUGUUCACCUACCGGGAUAGAAACCAGAGGAACCAGGCAUGGAAGGAGGUGGCAGAGACAGUGGGGGAAACUGACGAAGUGUGCAAAAAGCGUUGGAAGUCCCUCAGGGACCGAUACCGCAGGGAGAGGAUCCUGGAGAAGGAAGGGAAAAGUAGCGGGGCAGGGGCUUCCGGGGGAUCUAAGCCCUGGCGUCUCGCGGCAGUAAUGAGCUUUUUAAAGCCCUUCAUGCUGGACCGUGAGACGUCCAGCAAUUUCCCCCGGCAACCCCUGCCUCCACCCACCGGAGCAGAAGAAGAGGAAGACUCUAUGGGUGACAGCCUGGAUGACAGUCUGGAAAGCCAGCCAGAGCCAGGUAGCAGUCAGCCGGCCAGUCAGCCGGCCAGUGUGCCGGCCAGUGUGCCAGACGGUGUGCCAGACGGUGUGCCGGCCAGUGUGCCAGCAUUCCGGGGGAAGAAGAGCAGGGGAAGGGAGAUGUCCCCUUUUGAGGAGAACCUGCUGUCGGCCGUAGGCCCGAUGCUGGCCAUGCCACCACCACCACCACCCCCACCACCAGUGGUGGAGGUGGAAGACGAGGACCUCCUUUUUUUAAGGAGUCUCUGGCCUGCAAUGCAAAAGCUGAGCAGGACGAGCAGCAUGAGACUGAAAAUGAAGCUACAAGAGGCGGUCCUGGAGGCCACAGAAAUGGACAUUAAUAAUUAAUUAAUUAAUUAGAUACUGAUACUGAUACUGAUCCACAUUACAUCUUUUUACACUCAU